UUAUUUUUGAGUUCAAAGAGCUAUAGUAUGACGUCGAAACACACAUCAAGCCAAGUGUGAAAUCAAGAACUAAGAGAAUCUCAGUUUUGGGUCUUCUCUCCCUACCUCGGAAAAAAGGCACCAUAUUUUUCAGAUUCCUUAAAUUUUUCAUAGAAUGUUCACAUCUCUGUAAAAAAUUUCCACUUCUUCUAAUUAGUAUUCACAGUUUUCUGCACUGAAUUUGCAGUUUACCCUUUUCAUAUUUCGCUUCAAAAUGCAUUUUUUAUUACAAAAAUAAACUUCCUUUUUUUUUUUUUUUUAGAAUAUCCAUAGGCAGACGUACAAGGUAAUAUCUGUACAUAUGAUGACAUGUUUAUGAGAUUCUUCAAAUUUGGUUUAGAAAAAUGUCUGAACCAGCAGGAGGAGUUCGUUUAGUUCGUUGUCCAAAUUGUGAGAAUUUACUUCAAGAGCUUACUGAUUACUCUGUUUAUCAAUGUGGAGGUUGUGGUGCUGUUCUAAAAGCUAAGGAUAAAGGUGUUGACUUGGAUACAUUAUCAGAGAAGUCUAAUGAAGAAAGGGUAGGUGAAAAUUUAUCGGACAAGAGAACAACGGAGUCGACUGAUAACUCCGAAAAUGAUGUGAGGUCGAACAUUAGUUCUUCCAGCAAAGCUGGGAGGAUGGUCAGGCACGAUAGAGGUGAAAUUUAUAGGACUAAUUUGAAUAAUAAAGAUGAAAAGUGUGGUGCUGAGGAUGAUAUGAUUCAAAAUAAUAGAACUGGUGAACUACAUGAAGCGAAAAUUGCUAAAGAUUUAGAGGACUUGAGGUUAUAUAAUGAGGAUGAGAAUGGGUUGCGAAGACCCGGGCAUAUGAUGAAUUGGAGAAACCAGGAGAGAAGAGAAAUGGAUGGAUUUCGAAGGGAUCGGAGAAUGGAUGUAGAAGGUAUGGAAUAUGUAACUUUGACAUAUUCUGAUGUAAUGCAAGAUAAAAGUACUAAUGAACUGCAUGGAACUAAAAUCUCUCAAGAUUUAGAGGAUUUGAAGAUGUAUAAUGAGAAUGAAAAUGGGUUGCCAAGAUCGAAGCCUAUGAUGAACUGGAGAAACAGGGAGAGAAGCGAAAUUGAGGGAUUUCGAAGGGCUCAAAGAAUGAAUGUCGAAGGUGUGAGAUAUGCGAAUCCGAUAUAUUCAGGAGAGGAUCUUCCUAUUUUCCAGUCUAAAUCCAAUUAUGAAUAUGAAGAUCUGAAGAAGAAAAUGAAUGACACCAAUGGAUUUGUAAAGGUUGACUUCGUUGGACAAGGUAGAGCUGAGAUUGUGAGGAAGUUGGACGAGCUGAAGGACGAGCUCAGUCGGUCUGGUGAAAUUGUUGAGAAGGGUAAAGAAAAGGUUCCUCUUGACAGGAAGGCAUUUUAUCAGGAUCGUUAUGUUGGUUCUGGAAAUUGGUAUCCCGAUGGCUCUUUGGGAUUGAAUAGGGCAUCAAUGCAAUACCCCUAUCCUGAUAAACAAUACGGAAGACAUCCUUAUUUGAAUCACUAUUCCGAGCCAUCUACUUUGCUGCAAAGGCAAGAAAUGGAAAGUAAUGGCUUUUAUCCUCCUGGGUACGCUCCAAAUCAUCUCCAAGAAUUUGAGGAUCCAUUGAGGUCUCAAAUGCUCCGGAGACGUCCACACGAACCCCUUGCUUCUUUUCAGCAACCUCGAUCUCGUGCCUAUUAUGCUGGACAAUACAUGGAUCGUGAUAUGUUUUAUAUGGGUCAGAUGGAAUCAUGUCCUCCUAAUGUUAAUCGCCACCAUCCAUCUUGCCCUUGUUUCCAAUGCCACAACAAAAGACAGGUCCCUCUUGCUGUUCCACCUGCUGCCUUUACCGAUGAAAGGUUAUUGGAUGUCCCAGAUGAUUUGAUGCUUAAUCAUCAUGAAACUCUCGGUUCAUAUGGUCUACGAGAUUAUAACUUCAGAAAUACUAAUUCCCCGCCAGUAAGAUCUCAUAUUUCUGAAUUGCACCCAAGAUGGCCUAGUGACGUGAACUCAGAAGUGGAUGGUUUUACUCGUCGCCGUCGGCCUAGGGUACAUCCAUCUGGUGGUGGAAGGCAUUGCCGCCCUAUAGCUGGUGGUGCUCCAUUCUUGAAAUGCUACAAUUGUUUUGAGUUGCUGCUAAUGCCUAAGAAAGUUUUGACCAAGGAGAAAAACCAAAAGAAAAUGAUAUGCGGGGCAUGUUCUACAGUAAUUUUGUUUGCAAUUUCCAACAAGAAAUUAGUCAUCUCUAUUCACGAAGAAGCAAAGAGUACUUCUUUAAAGGUUGACGGUGAUUAUGAUGUGGUGUCAAGAAAAGGUAAUUCGUACGUCUAUGGACAUUUGAAGCAGGCUACCACAACAUUUUUGUCUGAAGAUUACGAAAAUAUUGGUUAUGAUUUCCAAUCGAUGGAUAACAAAUUCAGAUCACUGUCAACUGGAGAGGAAACCUCAAGCAAGUCUGCAGAAAUGAAAAAUUUUGAGGCAGAAGAAUACUUUGACCAUUCGACUGCAUCUAGGAAAGACUCGAAAUCUGCUGAGGUGGCAAUAAAGGGAAAAGAACCUCCACCUCCUGCAGGUUCUCCACUUCAAGAUUACUUUGAAUAUUCUAACAAGUAUCAUGUGGCAAAUCAUUUUGGAGAUAGAAACAUAAGUGUACGGUCUGAACGGGACAAGCCACUUCCAAACAAGAGUACUACAUGGGAGAAUUCGAUGAAAGACUCGUCAUCGGCAACUGAGAUAGAUAUAUCAUCAAAUGAGUACGCUAAUACUGGAACAUCUCUAGAUUCAGGUGAUGCAAGCCGAGAAAGUGAUCGACUGAGACGUAAUAGAGCAGCCGAGUCAUUUUUCGCUGGCAUCAUUAAGAAGAGCUUUAAGGAAUUUAAUAGAUCCAACCAGACUGUCGAGCUGGAAAAGGCUAAUGUUACAGUUAAUGGGCAUCUUAUACCGGAUCGGCUAAUUAAAAAGGCUGAAAAACUGGCUGGACCAAUCCAACCUGGACAUUACUGGUAUGAUUUUCGAGCUGGAUUUUGGGGUGCAAUUGGAGGUCCUUGUCUUGGCAUAAUACCGCCAUUUAUUGAGGAAUUUAACUAUCCUAUGCCAGAAGAAUGUGCUGGUGGAAAGACACGUGUUUUUGUAAAUGGUAGAGAACUUCACCAAAAAGAUAUGAAUUUGUUGGGGAGUAGAGGGCUUCCAACAGAUAGAGAUAAAUCUUACAUCAUUGAGCUAUCUGGUCGAGUCCUGGAUGAGGACACUGGCGAAGAGCUAGAAAGCCUCGGCAAACUAGCUCCAACCGUGGAAAAGGCUAAGCGUGGAUUUGGCAUGAGAGUGUCCAAAGCAGCUACCUGACUGGCAACAUUCUGAUGCCCAACUGGUUUGCACCACUACUUUACAACAUAUGAAUAAUCCUUAAAAAAUGGUGCUCGGUGAAUAAAAGACGGUUUUGACAAAAAUCUGUGUAAAUGUUUGGAGGAAGAUAUCUAAUUUAUCCUUCACCGUUGUUGAUCUUGUGUGAAAAAGGUAUAUCUUGGGUGUACUCAGCUGGUUCUUGGCGCAUAUGUAUUGUUCCUUUUUAUUUUCUUUGAUUUGUUACUUCUGCACUUUUGGCUGUGGGAAAUGGUUGGCUUUGUUAUCAUUUUCUAUGUUUAUCAAGCAAACACGAAAUUGAAACCCGGAAAAACAAUCUGAAUUAUAAGUUCUGGUUUCAAGUCCUGGAUUGCCCUGGCACAAUGUAAUUAUGUAUAUUUCGAAUUUAUAUGCAAUUUAUGUGUAUCACUUGGUUUGUCAAUGA